AUGGCGGAGACUCCAGCCGUUCAAUCCUUCGAAAUGCCGCCUUAUGUUGGCGAGAAAAUGGCCACGCAGUAUGCAAACACUGGUGGUUACUAUGGGCACCGAAAGGAGGAGGCUGUGCCUUAUUUCUCACCUCGAACAUCUCUUCCGCGGCCGAUUUCCGACUCCACUGACAUCAUGGAGGACUUUGAUAAUGAUGAUAGCGAUGAAUUUGAUUUGCCUGACGAUUCACCCUUUACUAGUGUAGCCUCAUUUGGCUCCGCAAGUGUCUCAACUGCCUCGACUCCCGACGAAGCCCAUACUCCUGAGUCGACUGGAUUGACUUUAUUUGACUUUCAUAUCGAUGAAAAGGCUGUGAGGGGCCCCAACGGGCCCCAUCUUUUCCGAUCAUUCGUAGAUUCUUCCAUAUAUAACCAGGACACGGAUAUCGAUCUGACUGCAGAGGAUCGUCCCCCAAGCACCAUGGUCCCAUUCUACCAGUCCGCCUCCAAACUUGACCCAGUGAGAAGAGACACUCCCGUUCCGAACCGGGCCACGCCUACACCGCAACCCCAACAACAAAGGGACUCCUCCAGUACCAAGGGGGACUUUACUCCGAUGGAAUCCGAGGCCCGCAACUGGACCCCGCAACAUGUUGUUAGAUGGCUGCAGAUUUGUGGGUUUGACAAUGGUGUUCUCGAGACAUUCUUCUACAAUGAUAUCUCUGGUUCCAUUCUUUUGGAACUCCAGACACAAGACCUGAAAGAAUUGGGAAUCCAGUCCUUUGGAAAGCGCCAUAUGCUGAUGGGUGCAAUCAAAGGCCUUCUCAGUAGGGCGAGGACUACCAAUGUUGAAGUUCCGUAUCAACCAGACACAGGGCCCAUUCCACCAACCCCUCGGACAUUUACUACGACCACGAGUGGUUCCGUCUCAAGCUCAAAUAGCGAUGGGAAAGGGUCUGACCGAAGAGCCGUCAACAGCCGGCGACGCCGGCACCAUAGCAACGACAAGGUGACCAAAGAGACGACCCUGGCCCCUGAAGAUCCAGUUUCUAUCGUCGCAAUCGAACAAGUGCUCCCCAAGUUACACAGCUGCUCUAAAGGUGAAAAUUGCCGGAAGUGGCAGAAACAACAGGCCCGGCUUGCUCACCUCGCAAAGGAUCUGCCUAUCGAGUCUUCGAAUGGCCGGAUCAUUGUACGGGGUGAUCCAGGAAAUCCUAAAACUGCCCCGAAUCUGAGAUCCCCAAAGUCAGAUAUCACUCCUUCUCUGGUUGCCUCGUCUGAUGUGAUGGGACCGGCCCGGAAGCCUGAAUAUCAACUGUCGAUGGACAAGCUCAACGAGGUCCAACCUCGGGACCCGCAAGAAAAUGUGCGAAACUUCAUCAGUUUUCAGAAACUGAGCAAGCUGCAGCCGGUCAAUGAACCGGGCACCCCACCGAAGGAGACGAUUCGCUCGCCCGAGUCUUCGUCGCUCGGAUCGGCUAAGGGAAAUCCGACUCUUAGUGAAAACCUUCGACACUUGCCGAGGCUACAAAUCCCCAGAGCGGAUGAUCGAGACAGCGGCGACUAUACCGCAAAUCUGUCAUCGCAGAGAACAGUCACACCGUCCAUAACACGCAAGAAGCCGUAUUUUGAUGAUGAAUACCCGACCGCUAUUCCCCAGGGCCAGCAAUAUGCUUAUGGCGUUGCCGCCUCCCCGGGGGACUUCUACCGUGUUGACCCUCACUAUAGUCAAAGCACACCUUUGUCCGAGAUGGAUGUUCCCAUGACUGCCUUCCCAAUCAGCCUGGUGUCACGAGAAGAUUCACAAUCCGUCCCUCCUAACAUGCGCUUUGGUGCGGAUCGCCUUGUGUUUGAUCCCAUCUUCCGGCCUGGCUCAACAAAAGGGACCAGGCAUCGCAGAAAUACAUCUCACCACAACUUCCCAACACUGUGCUCUCUUGAUGAACGUCGUGCAGUGAAUCCAAUCGAAACACCAGAAGACAUGGAGCGAACCCCUCGUGUGAACCGUGGCAAGAAUCAUCUUCUAUCUCCAACCAGGUGUUCCGCGAAUGAUAACGAUAUCACUCAGAGCGGAUGGAUGAAAAAGCGCAAAACCACUCGUUUGAUGCGCCAUGAAUGGGAAGACCAUCAUUUCACCCUUCAAGGGACCCAGCUGGCCAUGCAUACUGAUGAGGAUUCUGCUCGUCGUCAUUCGAAAGCUCUCGAGUAUAUCGACGUCGACGACUACGCAGUUGCAUGUUCGUCUCUUGCGUCCAGCUCCAAGUUGACCGCUGCUUUCAAGAAGACGGUUCUGAAGCGCAAGGAUAACAUAGCCAGCGACUCUGCAUUUGGCUUCUCCUUGAUCCCAGCGACUGGGAGCGGAAGUAAUACAAUUGACAAGAAAGCCUUAUUUUUGCACAGCGGAAAGCCUCAUCACUUCGCUGUCAAAACCAGAGAUGAACGCAUCGACUGGAUGCGCGAGCUCAUGCUUGCAAAGGCACUGAAACGGGGUCGAGAGAGUGGAGCUGCAAUGAACGUGAAUGGAGACGGUGCCAUCCUCCGGCGAAAUCCAUUGGAUACCGAAAGUGACAAGCCUUACUGGGAUGCUGCAUCCAGCCAGUUGCUGGCGAGAGAGUGGACGCUGAGCGAGACGCCAGAGGGGAACAUGUCCCCGCCUGAGCGCGUAGAGACGAACAGCGAGUGGAGAAUGACUCUACGGUAUAAGCCCAUAGCAUCUUGA